CAAAUAUUCUGUACUAUGAGCUUGUUAGCUCGUCCAUCGCCAAUGGUACGGUAAUAUCAUGAGAAUAAUAAUCAGUAUUACAAUCACUCUUGGCCCCAGGGCCAUUAUUUGGCCCGAUCUCGUGUCCGCUUAUGGUCCAUCGUGUUCGCGAUCCUGAAAAGUCUUUUUCUUUAACACUUCUGUGCUCCCUUCUCAACUCUCCUCUUUGACUAUCCUCCCAUUUCUCCUUUCGGCACCUCCACCUCUCACUUUACACGGUGUAAUGGAGUGUUUCAGCGUAGUUGAUCUAUGAAAAGAAACUCCCCCGCGAGGAGCUAUCCACCAUCACCAUGAAGCUCGGCUUUCGUCAGCGCUGUAAGGAAUUCGUCCGCAUCCUUCUUUCUCCCACGCUCUGGUUCGAUGUCUACUGGCCUGCCUCGCGCAAGUACUGGUUCUCGCUGUUGCUCAUCGGCGUGAUCUGCGCCAAAUUGCUCCACAUCUAUUCCCACCUCAACUCCCUCUCGCCCGGUCAAUUUCUUCUUUGGGGCCCGACCUUCUUCCUUCAAGAUGUCGCAUGCAUCCUCAUUGCGCACGCUCUUUCCAAGAACUUCCACCGAAGAUGGCAUCGUGUCGUUUCCGCGCCGGUAGUGAUUCUGGCCAGUCUGAUGAUUUCUGGUCUAGCCGCCGCCAACAUCUCCUUCUAUACCCAAACCGGUGCCGAGAUUCAUUGGCGCCAAGCACACGCCUUCCAUCGCGAUGCGGCAUCGGUCAAGACCCUCCUGGCCGGAUUGACCGGUAUUGUCAUUAUGGAAGUUUUAUUCAGUGCCGGAGCAUGGAUCUCGACUCCAUACCUAUACAAUUGGGUUCGUACCGUGACCCGGGUUCUGAACGCGGCCGUGGCUCCGGUAUUCGUCUGCUGGAAGCGAAGGCCCAGCUCCGACCCGGAGAACUAUGCGCAAGUCGCCCACAAAGAUUGGGAUGAGGAGAACAGUGAAUCGGAGGCCAUGCUGGGCCUGGAGGAUCCGAUGGCACCAUCUCAGCUCUCGUCGUCACGGCCGCGACCGUCUCUGUUAUUGCGCAUCCUCGUGGCCUCGAUUGCCGCCAUCGUACUUCUGCUGCGCUGCAUUCGUCCGUCAGAUACCGCGUACUCGUUCCUCUCCCAGACUGUGAUCCUCACGCCCUUUGAGAAACCCCCACAACAUGAGACGACUUACUCGGUGGAUAUCCCGCCAGACUUGCCGGGCGACUACAGCUGGCUCUACAACCACACCGCUCUUGCGGCACCUCCGAGUUUCGACUGGCUGCCACGAAAGCAGAUUGCAGGAUUCAGAGACUGGUAUGAAGAAGGCAAGGAAGGGACUGCAUUGCACUAUGAUCCGGCGCACGACCCUUUGAAAAUCUCGAAUCUCGACCGCGAUGUUCUGGAGCCGUGGCGCGAUGCGCUGAAGAGCGGUAGUGUAAACAUCAAGCACGUCUUUCUACUCAAAUUGGAAAGUACUCGGUACGACGUCUUCCCGGUUCGCAAGGACUCUCACGUUGGCGAUAUCAUCCGCGAAUCAUACGGUGGCAACGUUCCAGAUAUUGUCGACCAGCGCCUCGCCAAUUUGUCCCGUAACGCUGAGCGAUUGACGGGUGUCUCGGCUGGCUGGGACCACAGUGACGAUUCAUGGCAGCCACGUGGCGGUAUGUACGCCUCGAAUGCUUAUACUGGUGAUACUUUCACUCUCAAGAGUAUUCUCGCGAGUGUCUGUGGAAUUGUGCCCUUGGUCGUCGAUUUCAACCGCGAAUACUUGCAUCAUAUUUACGAGCCGUGCAUGCCUCACAUUCUGAAUGCAUUGAACACCAUGUCUCGAGAGGCCGACACCAAAAAGACAAAAGCAGAUGAUUUUAAAACCUGGCCCUGGCAUUCGACUUUCAUGCAGAGUAUUACGGAUAACUAUGACAACCAGGAUCUUCUGCUUCCUGCGCUAGGGUUCAAAGAUAAGAUUACGGACGAAAGAAUAACGAAGGACUGGAAGAAAAAGCCGGGCCACAAACCAGAAAAGUUCAAUUUCUGGGGCUACCCCGAGCAUGAGCUGCGACCUUACUUGAUUGAUACUUUGAAGCAUGCAGAAAAGCACCAUGAGCGCAUCUUCCUCACCCAUCUCACGGGACAGACACACUAUCCCUGGGAUAUGCCAAAAGGCGAUAAGAUUGAAGAGUUUAUGCACCACAACAUCUUCAAUGGCAGGAACCGGAUGAACCGCUACUUGAACACUCUCGGAGUGGCAGACAGAUGGCUUGGCGAGGUCUUAGAAGUGAUUGAAGAAGCUGGCGUUGCCAAUGAAACCCUGGUGGUCAUGGUUGGCGAUCACGGCAUCUCGCUAAUUGAGGACGGCGGCGUCACCCCCUACGAUAAUCCCGGAGUUUCCAACUUCCAUGUUCCACUCGUCUUCUCGCAUCCGCAACUCCCUCAGAUUACUAUCGACGGCCGCGUCACAUCCAUGCAGAUCGUGCCUACCAUCAUGGACCUUCUAGUGGAAUCGGGCUCUUUGGAUAAGGAUGCAACCCAUGCAAUCAAAGACCUUCUCCCCCUAUACGAAGGCCAGUCCAUGAUCCGCGAGCUUGUCCCAGAGAAAGACGGCAAGCUUGACUGGCAGUUCACCGUUAUGAAUACCGGUGCUACCUGGCUUGCUCUGCGAUCCGGCCCCAAGCCGUACCGCCUAGUCGUUCCCCUCGUGCCUGAUGUCGAGUGGCGGUUCUCGGAUGUGGAUAAAGAUCCGCUCGAGCUACACACUGUUCAGUCGUUCACUUUGCAUCCACUUUUGGAUGAAGUGGCUAAGGUAUAUGGUGAAGAUGCCAUGAAUUGGGUCAUUGAAGCUGCUCACGUUACCCGAUGGUGGGUAAGUGAGAAUUGGCGCCGAUAUGAGUAUAAACCGGAGGCAUGAUUUUUCCAGCAAAUUUGACAUGCCUGUCAACGCUGGUUUACCUUUUGAAUUUCUAAUCAUUGCUGUGGGACGGUUUUGGCGUCUUUGGUGUACAUUUGCAUGGGAUGUGGGCUGCAUAUUAUUUGAUCUACUGGGUUUUCGUCCCGACUUCUUGUAUUAUAGAUUUACAAUGUCCAUUAACAAACAUUGCACGACGCGAACCAGCGAGUCAUCGCGCUUGCAUUUCCGAACAUAUUUCUCUCUUCCUUCUUGAACAGCAUAAUGAUAUCAUAAACGAUCAUAACCUACUCCUUAAAACACAAAAUCUCGGCACUCGGAAUGGAGAUCCACGCAUCCUGAUCCUCUCCCCACUCCCUCCAAGUCUUCGAAAUCCCCUCAAGGUCCUCCUUUGUCGCAAGCCCAUGCUCAACCGCCGUCGUCGCAAACGACGAAGCAACGGCCCUCUCAACCCACGUCUCACUCCACCACUUAACCUCCUCCUUACUAGCAUAGCACCACAUCGUACAGCUACACCGCACAUCAGUCAACCCGGCCUUUCUAGCCCAAGCAUGCAACAUCCGCCCCGCAUUCGGCUCCCCGCCAUUCCGCCGCGCAACACGAUCAUACAUAUCCUGCCACACCUUCAAACCGGGGAGCUCAGGAUACCACACGAAAACGCCAUAAUCCGAUUCCCUUGCAGCAACGAUACCGCCCUUUUUCACAACGCGCUUCAUCUCGGCCAACAUCCCCACGGGAUCGCCCACGUGCUGCAGCACUUGGUGACAGUAUACCACGUCAAAGGUACCAUCCGCAUAAGAAAGGGCGUUCGCGUCCCCCUCGACAAAAUCAAUAUUCGUGACUCCCUUCGCCUCUGCGUUGGCACGCGCCUGUGUCAAGACACCGCCCGCCCGCUCGAGACCCGUGAUGUGGCCCUGCGGAACGUAGGAUGCUACGUCCACGGUGAUGGUACCGGGGCCACAGCCGAUGUCGAGGAUUUUCAUGUCCGGUUUGAGAUGAGGCAGUAGAAAGGCUAUGGAGUUUUGAGCUGUGCGCCAGCUGUGCGAGCGUACCACUGAAGCGUGGUGCCCGUGGGUGUAGAUGGCUGAUUCGGAUUUGGUCGCCAUGGUUAUGGGUGGCAUUGGAGGUUUGGAAAGAAACUGAGGUAUGAAACGUGCGAAGAUCUCAAGGAUGGAGCUUGGGUUUCUUUUUUCUUUGAAUGGGGAUACCUUUUUUGAAAUCUGUCGCGAGUUCGUUGCUUUAUAUACUUGGUGAAUUGUCGUCAAUGUCAUGGACCUCGGGCCCCGAUAUCGGCGAUCCAGCUUGGGAGGCUCCGUCCGGGGUUCCAAUCGCAGCUCCUCCUCGAUGGAUCAUAUUGUAUGAUGGUACUUACUAUUCUUACUAUUGGUUGUUGAUUAAGUUUGAGGAGCUAUUGUACCUCCUGAGUGAUGAUUCUAGCUCCGGUGUCCAGAGCUUUAUGCCAUGCGUGGUAGGAAAGGGCGUAGCCGAUGUCGGGGGAGCAUUUGUUUCUUAGAUAUGUCGAGGCUUCCUCUCACGCCCAGGACUGUAGAGAUAAUGUAAAGUGAAACCAGUAUUAGAGUCAAAUUUAAUGACUACAAAAAGUUUUGAUGG